UCCUCUCUCCUCACCACCAGCAACCACCAUGUCUAUGGCCGACUACUACCAUGCCAUCGCCGCCUUGGCCUUCUUUAUCUUCUCGGCGCUCGUCACCACUGCCGAGGCCCAGCCGAUGCCAUGGCAGCUGUGCAAUACCAACAGCGGCAACUACACUGUAAACAGCAAGUAUAAAGCAAACAUAGAAUACCUAGCCACCUCCCUACCGCAAUACGCGGCCUCCUCCCCAUCCCUCUUCGCCUCUGGCUCAUCGGGCACCAGCCCGGAUGUCAUCUACGCCCUUGCUCUCUGCCGUGGCGAUACAAACGCCUCCAGCUGCGCCACCUGCGUCGCCGCAGCUAUUCAGAGCGCCGAGCAACUGUGCCCGCUCAAUAAGGGCGUGACCAUGUACGACAAUCCAUGCAUCCUCCGGUUCUCUGACAAGGGCUUCCCUAUCAGCCAUCCCUACAACAAAGGCAUGUAUAUCGCUUGGAGCUUUGACAACGUCACUGCGGCGGAGUCACCAGCUUUCGAGGCGGCCACCGCCAAACUCGUCAACGCCACCGUAGAGUACGCAGCGGCGGACCCAAUCAGGCGAUUCGGCACGGGGGUGGAGGCGUUCGAUCAGAGUUAUCCCAAGAUUUAUUCGUUAGCACAGUGUACGCCGGACAUGACAGCGGACGAGUGCCGGAGCUGUCUCCGGGACAUAAUUGGGAGGUUCACUGCAACUUACUUCGCAGGAAAGCACGGCGGACGAGUUGUGGGGGUGCGGUGCAACUUCCGAUAUGAGACGUACCCUUUCUUCUAUGGCAGCCCGCUGUUGCAACUGCCCGGGCCGCUAGGGCCAGCGCCUGCACCAGCUUCCACAGCGACUGGCGGAGAAGGAACGAGAGUUCAGAAAAGGACUGUUCUAGCUAUUGCAGUGCCUACAGUUUCUGUUGCUGUAGUAUUAACUGCCAUUGUAGCAUGGUUUUCCUUAUGGAGGACGAGACUGGCGGCAAAAGCAUUACAACCAAUUCGAACAGUGUCUACUGGUCCAGAUGAUGAGAUUCAAAGUAUCGGCUCGCUCCUACUUGAUCUAUCAACACUUCGACUUGCUACAGACGACUUCUCUGAACACAAAAGGCUCGGUGAAGGUGGUUUCGGUGUUGUUUACAAGGGAGACCUACCUCAAGGUCAGGAAAUAGCUGUGAAGAGACUCGCACAGACUUCUAGACAAGGAAUAGAAGAGCUGAAAACUGAACUCCUUUUGGUCGCGAAACUGAACCACAAGAAUCUUGUAAGGCUUGUUGGUGUUUGCUUGGAAGAAAAUGAGAAGAUACUUGCAUAUGAAUACAUGCCCAAUCGAAGCCUUGAUACAAUUCUUUUCGAUGCAGCUAAAGCCAAGGAGCUGGGUUGGGAACAAAGAUUCAAUAUUAUACUUGGAAUCGCUAGAGGCUUACAGUACCUUCAUGAGGAUUCUCAACUCAAGAUAGUUCAUCGUGACCUCAAAGCAAGCAAUGUUCUGUUAGACUCUGCUUAUAAUCCUAAGAUUUCUGACUUCGGGUUAGCAAAGAUAUUUGGAAGGGAUCAAUCACAGGUUGUCACUCACCGUAUUGCUGGAACAUAUGGAUAUAUGUCACCAGAGUAUGCUAUGCGCGGUCAGUAUUCGAUCAAGUCAGACGUGUAUAGCUUCGGUGUACUGGUCCUAGAGAUCGUAACAGGGAGAAGAAACUUUGGCUCCAAUGACUCCGAGAAAGAUGGUGAUCUGAUAAACCUUACAUGGGAACACUGGAUCAGGGACAAAACCAUCGACUUGAUCGAUCCAUCAUUGAGCAACCCCUGUCCCAUUGACAAGGUGCUGAAGUGCAUCCACAUUGGGCUUUUGUGUGUUCAGCAAAAGCCUACAGAUAGGCCGUUGAUGUCAGCCGUUAACUUCAUGCUUAGCAGUAGCACAGUCUGUCUCCCCUCAUUGUCCAGGCCUAGCAUCUGGUUCCAGGAGACUGGUGCGAGCUCAAACGAUAAUUCAGAACUAAAUCCAACAGCUUCGAUUACCUUCGGUACCGCAAAAAAGGUGUCGCAGAAUGAUGUGUCCAUCACCGUACUCGAGCCCAGAUAAGUCUUGAGUGUUGAGAUUUGAAACUUUUUUCCCUCUCCCGCUCACCUCCACAAUAUAAUCUUUGAUUUGUUAUAAGCUGUGAUACGCACACCACUUCUCAGGUCAAUAACUUUUUUUUAAUAAUUAGAGGAGUUUUGGGUGUAUUUAGUUCUUUUGGUGUAAAAUUUUUGAAGUAUACGGACACACAUUUGAAGUAUUAAACAUAGACUAAUAAUAAGACAAAUUACAGAUUUUGCCUGUAAA